AUGCCCAUCGGGAGUGGUGGGCGAUCGCCCAAUUGCCGGACGUGGCCAUGGAGGAGCUGCAAAACUUGGUGUCGUCCAACCGGCCGGUCAAAGGUCCCCAGACUCCGCCAGGUCCCCCGGGGGCCCCGCCUCCCGGUGGGGUUCAAUACCAAGGGACGUUCGACAAGGCGGAUAUGGGGGCCUCCAUGCCAUCCCUUGGCCAUCCGAUUCGAGAUGCCGUUCGCUAUGAGAUAUGGCAAGUGGCGCCCGCCGUGCUCCUGGAGCUCGACGACCUUCGGUUGGACGACCAGUGUAUGCGGUCUAUCUCCAACAUGGCCGGCCGUGGAGUGGAGGGGGCGCAGUUCGUGCGUGAGCUUUUCCAGAUCUUCCAGCGAGACUUGGCUGACCUUCGGAAGUACGACAAUCCGUCGGCCGCAAUUACACGGGCCAUUCGGAAGGAAAUGGAUCGCUUGCGGCCGGAGAUCCCGGGGCUGCCUGGCAUCUUGGACCACAAUAACUAAAGUGAAGUUGUGCUUAGACUCAGCUGAUAGGGCAAGUCCGGUUGGCCUGUGUUCUGAGGAAGCAGUGGCGAUGGUCCUCGCCGUUCGGACGACCCGCCUCGCGAUCAUCGUCCUUCGGGCAAUCGUUCGGACUGGGGUGACUACGAUCCCCCUCGCCGUUCGGACGACCGUGGUGGCUUGCAUGCACGAGGUUAACCAGUGA